GCACAAUUUCACGCUGUGCUUGUGUGUCCUUGUCCAGGCUCCUUAUCCAGUCAGUAGCAGAGAGAGGAUUUGCACAGACGCACCACACAACAUGAGGAGCUUACUGGGUCUGCAGAGGCUGGCGUUUCGCCCCUUCUCCUCGACAGCAAGGAACCAGUUGAAGAACAAAGUUCCCGAGAACCAGAAGAUAUUCCAGGAGGAUAACGGUCUCCCGGUCCACAUCAAAGGAGGCACGGUGGACGUGCUGCUGUAUCGCUUCACGAUGGCCAUCACUCUCGGAGGAACCGGCUUCUCUCUCUACUGGCUGCUGGCCGCCUCUCAGCCCAGAAGGAAGUGAGAGAGGAAAUCCAGACUUGCCAGCAACACUCU